AUGAACAAAUUAAUCUUAAUAGUUUUAAUCUCUCUUUCAGUAUUAUCUUUCGUAGCUUCUGAGUCUAGUACUGCUGACUGUAAAUCUCACCCUGUGUUUGCUAAAGCUAAAAAUCUGCUUAAUGUAAUUUUUACUUAAGAUAAAAGGGCUAAGCAUGUCAACAAAGUACUUCAAAAAAGAUUUAAAGAAAACUCACCUAAAAGCCUUUCUAACGAUGACUUAGGUUCUUGCUCUGCUUUUUCUGGCUAAAAAACUUGCUGUGAUAAAAAUAUGGUUAAAUUAAUAGAUCAAGCUGCCUUGCUUAAAGUCAAGCCUAUUUUAUAAACCAAAAGUGCUUUCUCAAAGUUUAUAAAUGUUUAUAUAGCUUAAUUGAAUAAAAGUUGCUCACCUACAGUUAUACCAUCUCCUCCUUUAAUCCCUAAAGCAAUAUACGCUGAUAAAACUUUGAAAGUUCUAUCUGCAUACAAGCAAGCUUAAGGAAAUUGUAAAAUUAAAUUUGCUUAAGCAUUGUCAGCUUUUACUAGAGGUUCGUUAUGUUCAAUUUGUAUGGGAGUUGAUAAGUUGAGUGACUAUAUCAAUUCUUAAGGUUAACUUAAAAUAACCUAGCAAUCAGUAAACAUUUUCUAGUAGGCUGCUGAUGAAGCUAUAACUUGUUUUGCCAAUAUAUUCGCACCUUCUAAUCUUGAUUCUAUUUUAAAUGAACUAAAUGCUGCCUAUAUUAAAAACAAUGACUCCUGUGCAGCUAAUGUUUCUAAAAACGUCAAAUCAAUUUUCUCAAAUCCAAAAAUCUCUAAUGAUGAUGGAUAAGGUGGUAAAAUUUGUAAAGGUACAUCUAUGUUUAGUGAUAAUUCUUAAUGCGAACAAAGUUUGCUUGGAGAUAGUGCACUUGAAUAUACUAAUCCGAGAAUUCUUAACUUCAAAAAAUAAGUUUUAAGACUACUUGCUGUAAAUCCAGAUGCCGUAGUUGAUCAAAAUGGUGUUAAUGUUUUCGUAAGUAGCCCAAGGGAUUAAGUUAUUGAUGAAAGCGGCAGAAAUAUAACAUUUUCAUUUAUUUUGAAAAAUAGCCAAAUGUAAUUAGCAUAUGCAACUUUUUUCGCUUUAAUUUCUUUCAUUUUUUGA